AUGGACCAAGUUCCAUUUCUGCAAUCGUGCAGUUUUCUCUGCCUCGCACUUGCUCUUGCAGCAAGUUGUUCAACAAGCUUUUUGGGCAAUCGCCCCAACAAUGGCACGAGCACGGUGGUUGCGGCAUCUUGCCUGUGGUUCUGCCCGGCGAUGUGGCAUCUACCGUACUAUGCCGUGGUUGGAAUCACCAUGGCAGCAGUUGGAGUGUCCUUGUCUUCUUUGCAGAGUUCUAUCUCAAGUCUUUUCCAUCAGAAACAAAAGAGCACCACGCUGCCCGCUGCUUCUUUGCUGUGGAAGGUGGUGGGUGCCAUGCUAAAGCGAGGUGAGUUCGUCCAGGCAAUCAUUUGCUUGAUAUGGGGCAUGCACUGCUUCAUCACACACGUGUUGCUGGAGUUAGAGGAUCUCGUCCUCGAGCUCGUGCCGCAGUGGGAGGGAGAGGUAGUCGUGAUUUUGGGUCAUCCUCGAAGCGCUUCAACACAUGUGCAUCACAUGCUCAGCCAGACGUUGCCAAGCAGCGCGUCGUUGACUUUCUACGAUGUCCUCUUCCCCUCCCUCAUCCAGUGGUAUUGUAUGUACCCUUUCAAGCCCUUGGUCAACACCUUCCUGAGACUCCUCGACUCGCCACAGCACCGGAUAGCUGUGGAUGAAGUUGCAGAAGAGCAACAGUGGUUGUUGUUGAAGUUCAAGGACAUCUUGUUGCCAAUGCUCUUCCCAGCGAUGGUGGACGACCCGGAGCUGUUCCGUGCAUCUUGCGACUACACGGAAGCCGACAUGAUGUUCAUCAAGGGGUGCAUGAGACGCCUCUUGAUCCGCAAGCCGCAGAGCAAGCUCUACAUUGCGCGCAUGCUCACUUUCUCACCAUGGCCCGAGUACAUCACAGCUGCCUCCCGACGCAAAGUUCAUCGUUUGCUUGAGAGAUACCGAAGAGUGUCUGCGAUCCUUCGUAAGCCUCGCAGCUGUUCACUCUGGCGGCAACCCGAACACACCACUCUGCAAGAAGUGGGCGCAGAACUGUGCCGACACCCUCACAGCAGGUACCGUUCGAGGCCUGCAGCGCCUUGUGGACGGCCAGGUGCAUGCCGAGUCGGUGAUGCAAGUGAACUUCAAAAGCUGGAAAGCAGAGACUCGGUCCUCGCUGAUCUGGCUGCUGAAAGAGCUGGGGAUGCAAGAAGAGAUGAAGGCCCUGGAGGGAGAGGAAGUGAAGGUGGAGCGACGCGAGAAGCACAAGAGCAGCCCGGACUUGAUCGACUGCCUCGAGGGAGUUGCCAUCGCCGACUGGGCCAUUGA